CAUGAUCAGUCGCUGGCCACCUCCACUCGGGGAGCGCAUGCAGCGCAGGUGGGUGGCCUUGUGCCCUAAGCCUUGCGCCGCGGACCGCGACCUGGGAAACUCAGUGGGGGCAAUUGGAUCGGUCGCUCGGGGGCAUGCUGGCCUAGCCAGCUACGCUUUCCGGCGGCUGGGGAGAACGUCUCGGCGUCUUCCCCUGCCUACACGGUAACGCUAUAUUCCGCUUUCGCAAGAAGGUGCCCCUCGGUUCGCCCUGGGUGUUUU